AUGGGACAAAGGUUUAUUGUUCUGAAUUCUGCGGAUGCUGCUCGUGAAAUAUUUCUCAAGGAGCCUAACGCGACUAUCACAGCUGCCCGACCGAGCACGUUCUUUGGAACAUACUUGCAAGACAAUUACAAGGAUGUCUUCUUUGCAUCCCCCAAUCCAAAAUGGACCAAAAGGAGAAAGUUAGUUUAUCAGCUGCUUCGUACAUAUGGUGAGGGUCUAGUAAACAUAGAGAUUCAGAUCAAACGAAACCUCAUUGGUCUGACCAAGGAAAUUCGGACUCUGAAUGGGCAAUGUAUUGAUCCUGGAACCACUGUGGAAGAGUUCAUCUUGAAUACAAUUGAGAAUCUGGUGAUUGGCAAAAGCACAGGCAGAGAUAGCGAUAUGCACAGAAUUCUGAAGAAGUUUGAUCACCUCAGUAAUGACCUUGCUCAUGUGGGAAUGGAUCUGUUGUAUUCAUCUUUGCCUUUUUUGAGAUUUUUGCCUUUUCGCAACUCAAAGAAAAUCAAAGAGUGGUUUAAAUCAAAACAACAAAUGAUAGAAACCUUUGAGAGACAAGGGCAAGUUUGCAAAAACAAUUUUUCUUUGGAAAACAAGGAUUUCCUGUCCUCUACUCGAUCUCCACACGUUGUCAGGUUCAUUUUUAUGUAUUGUCAUUUCAAUAUCAAUAUAUCUCAAUUUUCAAAAUCUUUGCAAAUCUAUUUUGUUAUAGCUUAUCUCACUACGAGAGGAACACUUUUAUCCCUGAUCCAAAUUCUUGCAAAACGACCCGAACUUCAAAAGUCAAUGCAAAAUGAAAUUGAAAACGUGAUUGGUUCAAUCCGACAACCAGCUUUAGAAGACAAACAGCAUUGCCCUCUGGUAGAAGCUGUCACAUUAGAGAUCCUUCGAUAUAUAUCCCACGGUGCUAUCUCUGCUCACUGUGCAUCGCAGGCUACGGAAAUAUUUGGUGUUCCGGUCGACAGAAAUACCCCGAUUCUUGUCAAUUUUUGGGCGAUGCAUCACAGUACAACCGCAUGGCAGGAACCUUUCUCAUUCAGACCAGAGCGGUUUUUAGAUAAAGACGGCGGUCUAUUGCCACCAACUGAUCCUGUCAGGAAAAGAUUGCUUGUAUUUGGAAUAGGAAAGCGCAGCUGUGUAGGAGAAAUAUUCGCAAAAUCCCGGAUUUUUCUGUUCUUGGCUACUGUUCUUCAGAAUUUCACCAUUAUGGAACCUGACGACGGUUGUCUUCCAGACCUUUUGCCAAGAGAGAUGGAGAGUAGCGGGAUUAUUCUACAACCCAAACCGUAUAAAGUUCGAUUCGUCCUGAGAGAAAAGUAAUCAUUAACAACAAUACCUUCAGAAUACAUGUAUGUAGCUUUGUUUGCUGUAUAUAAUUGACCCCUACGUGAUCCCCAUGGAAACCAAAUAUUCUGCCAACAGGUGCUGGUCUCUAUUUUCUGACUAACGUUAAAUCGUAAGCUACAGAAGACGCAAAUUUAACUCACGGACAAUGAGUGUCUGAUUCUUGUUUGGCAAUGUUUAGAGCUAGACUUAUUAUCGUUAAUUAAGUGAUAGCUAAACACAAACGUACGUCUAUAUCUAAUUGUGGUGAGAUUUUAUUUCCAGUUACUUUGUAUUUAUAUAAUCAAGAUUCAAACAACCAGAUAUUGAGAUUAUUUCAUUCAUAACUAAUUACUUGUACAGAAUUGUGACUUUGAAUUAGAUUUAUCUCUAAGAUUCUUACAUAACCAAGAACAGAAAGAAGAUAUGUAUUCACAAAAUAAAAAAAUGGAAAGAU